GAAUUCAAACACAUUCAAAAAAAAAAAAAGACAGCAUUCAAAAGUCAUUCAAACAGGCACCUAGUAUCUAAAGGGAUAAAAUUAAACUACUUAAAAAAAAUUGAGGGUGGAUUCCAUUUCAACUUCCACUUGUAUAAGGGCGUGGUUUUUUUUGUUUGGUUCUUCCCCUAUUCCCCCCCCCCAAAUAAGUUUAAUAGAAGUGCUUAGGCCAUUUCAGAUCAUUCCUAGCGAGGAAAUAUCCAGAGCCUUCCAGCCUGCUCCUUCCUGUGUUAUCAAUGAAGGGCGAGGACCCAUUCUUUUACUCCAACCAGGAGAAAUUAAGUUGGAAAAGAAAAAGAAAAAAAAAAAAGCUCCUUAUUAGUCACUGAACUACUGCUGUGAGAGGGAGAGUCAAGUACAGACUUGAACAGACCUUCUAAAGCACCAAUCUCUCUCUAGCCAAGAAAUACUUCAAGUCAAGCUGGGACAAGGCUCCCUAACAACUCAAACUGACUAAUUAGGAGUUGUGAAAACCCCAAACGUCUCUCUACAAAGCACACGAGAGGUAGCCAUAGAUUUCAUUAGCUCCCCACCACGCUCUCAAAAGCUGCGUCCGACCCGCCGAGCUCGGAGCACACGUACUCCAGCAGCACGCCCGCGUGCAGACUGCGGAAGACACGGGCGAGGCAGGGGGGAGGAGGAAGGCACCUCUUUAUUCAGACAUGUUAGGGAGGAGAGCAGCGGCCAGAGGGAGCUGCCCGACGCGCCGUUACUCAGGCAGCCGCGGUGCGGUCGCCGCCGUGGGGUCCUCCGGCCCCGGCCGCCCUGCCCCCGGCCCGCCCGGGCUGCGGGGGGCGCGGGGAUGCCGCGACGGGCCGGGAAGCGGCCGGAGGGGAGGGGAGCACAAGAUGGAGGGGCGGGCGGCUCCGCUCCGCUCCCCCCCCCGCAUCCCUGCCGCGUCCCUCCUUCCCUCCCUCCCUCCCUUCCCUCGUCCUCUCUUUCUCCCUCCCUCCGGGGGUCGCGGCCGUCCCGCGGCUGCCGCCGGCUCCGCCAGAGCCCCCCGGCCCCCGCCGCCGCUGCGCUGGGGCGGCCCCGCCUGGGCAGGGCGCGGGCGGGAAGGGAAGGGAAGGGAAGGGAAGGAAGGGAAGGAAGGAAGGAAGGAAGGGAAGGGAAGGGAAGGGAAGGAAGGCAUUCCGGCAUUCCGGCUCUCCGUCGGGCGGGCAGCCGCGCUCCGCCAUCCCCUGCCGCCGCCAGGCCCCUGGGGGAGCUCGGGGCGGGGGAGCCGCGACUGCCGGGCGGCCGCGGGGCGCUCACCGUUUUCGGCAUCUUCCCGGCGGACUGGGCACGACAACUCGGUCCUCCUGCGCUGCUGGGGCUCUCCGCGCCGCUUCUAACGGGACUCCGCGCCGCGCCUCUCGCCCGCCUGCCCCGGCACAGACCCCGCCCCGCCGGCGGCCGCCCUGCCCGCCCCCGGCCGCCUUCCUUCGGGGCCGGAGCAGCGGCGCCCCCGCCCUGCGCGGCCCGGCCCCGGGAGCUGGGCGCGGCGCGGCUCGCUCCGGCCGUGCGGCGGCGGGAGCCGGGCCGGGAGGCGCCGCCGGGGGAGGGGGAAGCGCAGGCGUGCCCCCCUUCCCCGUCUGUCGGUCCUCUGCGGGGCAGUCUCGGAAGGGGAGCGGGGCUGGUGGCAGCGGCCCGCCAGGGCGAAAGCCGCGGAGGCGGGGGUGUCCCGCAUCCCUGGCAUUGGGUACCCGAGAAAGCCCCGGACUCAGAAGCUUAUUUACAUGCCGGCUGUCGCUGAGACUUCUGGUCCUUGCUAAAUGCGUUAUUUUUAACAUAACCGGAUUUUAUGGGCGAUUGCACUCUUCAAAAUAAGACCACGGCGCUGGUGCAUGACAGAUCCUUUUGUCUUGCAUUUCGUCUGAGUCAUGCACGCUGGGUACAGCUCAGCCGUGGAGCUUCAGGUAUUUGGAAAACAAAGAAGACACAAGGGGCUGCGGCUUCCAGAAGCUCGGCAGGCUCACCACUUCUUGUCCUCAAGCCUCCUCAGAGGCCACCACCAAAAUUACACAGAAUAGAAGAGCAGUCAAAUUCAUGGACUGAAAUAGGCUGAGGACCACUUGCCAAGGUUUCCCUUGUCAUCAGUGUUUUGGAACCACUGACAGAGGGAAUCAAGGUCCGACAUUUUCACGGGGUUUUAAAGAACCCGUUUCAUCUUAUUCGGGACUUUGAAAAUAACUGUCAAACAGUGACAAAAGUUCUACUACCAGAAGAAAAACAAAACAAAACAAAACAACAAAAAAAAAAAACCUUUGUUUUUACAGUUAACAGCUUGGAGGACAGCUUGUGUCCAGUAGAAAUAAAUUAAUUUUCACAGUAAGCUUCAUAUCUUAUUUUUUAAGGAAAGUAGAAACCUAUCUUCCUAUCUAGCUUGAGUUUUAUCUUCAUGUCAAAUCCACUAAAUGUUUUCAGAUCUAUAAGUCUUUCAGAUCUUUUGUGAUGGGAAGACCAUUCAAAACUAGCUGUACUUCAUACUCACUUUUUCCCUGCAUAUGAAUAAAUAUUGUGUUAACAUGAGAACACAUGAAUUCAGAUAUAAAAUGGAAAAGAUGCAAACCAAGCUCUACGAGCCAUUUCAGCACAGACUCCUGCUGAGUAAACUGUUUUCUGGAAUUUGAUUACAGGAUUCUACUGGGAUUAGUAUUAAACUGAGGCACAUUGGGAACUGAUUUCAGAUUCAUAGUAACACUUUGUACAUCUUUAAAAUUGCACUUCAUUCAAAAGGUCUCAAAAUGCCUUGUAAAUACCCAUAGUGAAAUCCUAACCAUCUGGG